UCAAACACAACGGUCGUGCCACGCGACUCCCGCGCAGUAUGGACACGCGAUAAUUCACAACAGAAUUCGAUAUUAAAAUUAAUAACGAUUCUUUUCUCUUACAUAAUAAAAAUGUCGAAAGUACCAUUAGUUAGGAAAGCGAUUGUAGGAGCUACUUUAGCCCAUAAUGCGCCUACGAACAAUCCUAAUCCACUAGUGUUAGAUCCGACUGAAAAUCAAUGGACACCCGCCGCGUUAGAAAGGGCUGGUUCCACACUGAAAGCUCUGAAUCGCAUGGCGAAGCGACCGCCUGUACAUAUAUUAUUUGAAGAUGUCGGAUUUACUACCAGCACACAUAAAGAAGAGCGUCUGAUACUGCGCAACGUGUCGGGUGAGUUCCGGUCCGGGGAGCUGACUUGCGUGCUCGGCCCCUCGGGCGCCGGCAAGUCCACACUGCUGAACAUACUAGCUGGAUAUACGACAAAGGGAGUGAGCGGUCGUAUAACAGUAAACGGCCACGCGCGCGACAUGCGGGUGUUCAAGAAACUUAGCAGUUACAUAAUGCAGGAUGACCUACUGCAGCCGCGCCUCUCUGUCUGCGAGGCGAUGCGAAUCGCCGCAGACCUGAAACUGGGAAAAGAACUGGGGAAAGCGGAGAAGGAACUCAUCGUUGAAGAAAUCCUGCAGACGUUAGGAUUAUGGGAACACAGAAAUACAAGAUCUGAACAUCUCUCCGGAGGGCAGUCGAAACGCCUAUCAGUCGCUUUGGAGCUUGUCAACAAUCCACCAAUUAUCUUCCUGGAUGAGCCAACAACAGGUCUGGACGUCGUUUCUAUCAGACAACUAGUGGUGUUAUUACGACUACUCUCUCGACAAGGUCGCACCAUAAUAUGCACCAUUCACCAACCGUCCGCUUCCCUAUUCUCACUCUUCGAUCGGGUUUACGUACUGUCAAGAGGAAUGUGUUGUUACCAGGGUGCAGCACCGCUUCUCGUUCCAUUCCUGACCGAAGUAGGACAGAUCUGUCCAUCGACGCACAACCCAGCAGAUUUCGUGGUAGAGACAGUUGCCAGCGAUCCCGAAGCCUCCGCAGAGAUGUCUGAGCUCUGUCAGAAUGGAAAGCUGUGCCGAAAAUUGGACAGAAUGACGUUAAGAGGCGGAAGGAAGCCAGUACUGCACUCAGACGAAUCCAUCCAAAGAAUCUUCGUUGAGCACAUAGCUAAAGAACAAAUGCAGAAAAUGGAAUUUCCAACCACCUUCCUGACGCAGUUUCUCAUAUUAACAAAGCGAAUGUUUAUGCAGAGCAGAAGGAAUUCGAUAACACUAUGGAUACAGUUGAUUCACCACGUGGUAUCCGCAGUGCUUCUGGGAAGCAUUUUCUUGUUCGUUGGUAACGAUGCAGCCGUGCCUAUCGUUAACUUCAAGUUCUGCAUAAGUGUUCUUGUGUUCUUCAUGUAUACUUACAUCAUGAUACCUGUACUGUUGUUUCCUUUGGAGGUUCGCAUGCUAAGACGUGAAUACUUCAACCGCUGGUACGGUCUUAAAGCGUAUUACGCAGCUCUGACGUUUUCAUCUCUGCCUGUUAUGGUGCUUUUCGGCUUACUGUUUCUUGUAAUCGUCUAUCUCAUGUCAGGACAAAUUCUAGAAUGGGAUCGGUUUAUCUUGUUCGUAUUUUGCGCUAUACUGAUCGCCAUCUGUUCUGAAGGCUUUGGACUUGUCGUGGGCUCUGCCUUCAAUGCUACCAAUGGCUCCAUAGUAGGUCCUGCAACAGUUUCUCCAUUGCUGGUUCUUUGCUGCUAUGGAAUGGGAUUCGGACCGUAUAUAGAAACGAGAAUGAAGAUUUUAAUGUCAUUAUCGUACUUGCGUUACGGAUUGUCAGGUUUAUCUAUUGCAUUGUACCAAAAGAGAACGUCUAUGGAAUGCCAUCAAGAUUUCUGCCUGUACUCCGAUCCUAAACUUAUUCUACGUGAUGUUGGUAUGGCGAAUGAAACUUAUUACAUGCAAAUUAUUGGUUUACUUGGCUUUAUUAUAAUUCAUAGGUUGAUAGCUUACUUUGUACUACGUUAUCGACUUACAUCGGAAUUCUCAAAUAAAUUUAUGUCAUAUAUUAGCAAAUUUUUAAAACAUAGAUAAUUUUUUUUUGUCUCUGAAUCUAGGAAGAAUCUUAAAAGUGCACAAAAUAGAAUUAUAUGGCCUGGAAUUUGCUAAGGUUUAACAUCAAAUCUCUUUUUAAAUUUGAAUACAGAAAGUAAUUCAAUAUUUGUUACAUAUUUAUGU